GGAGGAGGAAAGGGACAGCUGGCUGUGAACUCAUGUCCUCACUGUGUUUCUGAAGACUUCCUUUAGUGAGAAGCAGAUUAACUUUGUGCUUGUUGGAGUUUCUACAGGAAGAUGAAGAUGUUUGUGGUGUUUGUGAUCCUCGUGCACGUUUCCCAGCAUACCUCAGCUGUGGAGCUGUAUGAGGGGGAGGAGUUUGUCCUGCUGCCCUGUCAGUUUAACACCUUUGACAUGGACAACCCCACAGUGGUGUGGAGCCGCUAUGAUCUCAAUCCUCCAACCGUCCACCAGCGUCAGCAGGAAGGUGAAGGACUCACAUACCAAAACCAGCUUUACAGCGGCCGAACAUCCAUGAUGACUGACGCUCUGGAAACUGGAGACCUCAGCCUCAAGCUGACAAAACUCCAGCUCUCUGACAGCGGCAGCUACACCUGCACUGUCAGAUGGUUAGGAGAUCAACGGAGAGUGGGAAACAUACAGCUGAAGGUCAAAGUUUCCCAGCAUGCCUCAGCUGUGGAGCUGUAUGACAGGGAGGAGUUUGUCCUGCUGCCCUGUGAGUUUCAGACUUUUGAGAUGGACAACCCCACAGUGGUGUGGAGCCGCUACGAUCUCAAUCCUCCAACCGUCCACCAGCGUCAGCAGGAAGGUGAUGAACUUAAAGACCAAAACCAGCUUUACAGCGGCCGAACAUCCAUGAUGACUGACGCUCUGGAAACUGGAGACCUCAGCCUGAACCUAACAAAACUCCACUGGUCCGACAGCGGCAGCUACACCUGCACUGCCAAAGGUUUAGGAGGACAACUGAGAGUGAGAAACAUCCAGCUGCAGGUCAAAGAACUAUUUCCAUUCUGGGCCAAAGUUCUCCUGGUUCUCCUGGUUCUCCUGGUUGCUGGUAUUGUUGCUGCUGGGGCUCUUCUGGUACAUUUCCGACAGUAUUUCAUGUCAGUCUACAAGGUGGAGGUGGAUUCAGAGGUGAAGUCUGUCCUGCUGCCCUGCAAAACCACAGUUCACCUGCCUGAAGACGUCACAGUGGAGUGGAGGGACGGACACAACAUGAAGGUCCACGUAUAUAAGAAUGGCUCUGACCAGCCUGAAGAACAGAACAUUCGUUACAGAGACCGAACAGAGAUGAAGAGAAACCUGCAGAGACCUGGAGACCUCAGUCUGACCCUGAAAUACCCCACAAACUACAACAGUAACACCUACACCUGCACCGUCUACAGCAGGGAGAGAGACAUCCUGAUGAAGAAACAAGUCCUGCUGCAGGUCAAAGUCUGUCAGGUGGAGGUGGAGGAGGGGGCGGAGUCUGUCCUGCUGCCCUGCAAGACCACAGAGAACCUGCCUGAGGACGUCAGAGUGGAGUGGAUCCACUAUGAUCCCUAUGAGAAGGUCCACAUGUAUCAGAACGGCUCUGACCAGCCUGACCAACAGGACCAGGUUUACAGAGACCGAACAGAGAUGAAGGAAGACCUGCUGAGAACUGGAGACCUCAGUCUGACCCUGAAAUCCCCCACAGACAGAGACGGAGGAACAUACUGGUGCAAAGUCUACGACAAGAAGGGAGUCCUCAUGAGAUGGAAAUCAGUUGAUCUCAGGGUCAAAGAGAGAAGCAGGAACAGAAGCAGCUCCACUGAUCCAACUCCUCUGAUGGCCGAUCAACUGUUUGAUCUUUGAUCAUUGAUCCGAUCUGACUCUGGAUCAGAGAGAAAAUGGAGGUGAAGCAGCUGAUGGAGGACGGAUGAAGACAGGAGGACGCUUUGUCAGCUUCCUCUUCACUCUGACUCCUCCUACUGACUCUCACACACAGUCUACACACUCACUAUUGAUUCCUGCUGAUCAGUGAUGUCAGAGUGAGGUCAGCGUGAUGUCACAUGGCUUGAACGGGCGUGUUUCCUGUGAACCUCCCAGCGGCUGGAUAACAGCUGCGGCUCUCUGGAUAUUUGUGGCUCGUUCUAAUGCGUGCAGUCAAACAAACUUUAUUUCUACAGACACAGAGAAGUCAGCAGCUGCAGGAAAUCAGAACCACUGACAGGAAGUUAAGAGUCAAGUUAAACCACAUGUCAGAACUUUCUACAGCAGCAGGAUUUAGAAGAUGCUGGAAGCUGCUGUCUUUAGAUUUUGGACCCGUCACAAUUUGUCACAUUUUCUGAAGCCACAACAAAUCUUGUUGAAAGGAAACAGUUGAUUGAAGGUCCAGUUUCAAACGAAGAGUCAAAGCUUCUCUUUGUGUCGACUCCUUUAAUGAGAACAUUGAAAAGGACUCGAGUCCAAGUCUCAAGUGUCCAGCUCAGAUUAUUCCAGCACCAACCCUGGCAGGAUGCAAGUUAAACAGAAAGCAACACAUUUAGUGACAGAACAGAAAGCAGCCAGCUGUUAAAAUGGACUCAGAGAAUGAAGACACAAUAAGAUUUGAUUCAGUCAGACUUUCACAAGAACAAAGGUUUGUUCAGCCUGAACACAAAUGUGGUCUGUAGUGUUUUUGUAGUCCCUGUUUAUUCAGCGCCUCUUCCUCCUCACUACACACUGGAUCAAAGCACAGCAGUUAAACCCAGAGGCCUCCAGUGGACCUGGUUCAGGCCUCUGAAACAUCUGGACUCUGUGAUCUUUGUCUUCCAGCGUUGACAUUUGGAGCAGGUAUAAACAGACGUCACGUGAUCUAGUUUGUUUGAAGCGUACCGAGUCCUUCAGACGUUGAUCUCAGAACUCAGCAGAAACUCCACUUCUUUAGUCUCUUUCCUCCAGGUUCUGGUUUUUCUCGUCUCUCUGUUCAUUCCUCAAAGAUAAAGCUGGAUUUUUCAUUGAAGCUGAAACAUUUCAGUAAAUAUGCCAGAUUUAGCCAGAAGGCUGUUUUUCAUCUGUAGUCAGUACAAGUCAACACAAAACAGACAACAUAGUAAAACCAACCCAGGGACCAGUAGACUCCAGCACAAUAUACUAGCAGUCAUUAUGUUCCAGUACACAGGUCAUGAACUGUUACCAGAGGAAAUCAGAAGCUUACAGUAAUCUGUUGGACUCAAAGAUGUUAUGUUAUUAAAGUGCUGUUUAUGCACUCAGAUCUAAUUCAAUAAUCUGGUUUCCUGCAGCGGUUUGAAGCCAAAAUAAACAUUUUGCUGUGAUUUCAUUUCAAUAAACUGAUCAAAAUGA